AUGGGGGCCACUAUAAUCCAUGGUAUCCUUUCCUUCCACAUCCAGGAACGGGAUCUCCCCAGCCAUAUCCCAAUUGGCCUCGACCACCAAAUGACAAUUGCAAGAAAUGCCCUCCUGGGCCUAAAGGGGACAAAGGCGAUUUGGGGCCGAGAGGGCCUCAAGGGAGAUGGAGGCGCCAAAGGUGACAAGGGCGAGAAAGGGGACAAGGGCGACAAGGGCGACAAGGGCGAAACAGGCGACAAGGGCAGCACAGGCGACAAGGGCAGCACAGGCGACAAGGGCAGCACAGGCGACAAGGGCAGCACAGGCGACAAGGGCAGCACAGGCGACAAGGGUGAUAAAGGCGACAAGGGCGAAACAGGCGACAAGGGCGAGAAAGGGGACAAGGGUGAUAAAGGCGACAAGGGCAGCACAGGCGACAAGGGUGAUAAAGGCGACAAGGGCGAAACAGGCGACAAGGGUGAUAAAGGCGACAAGGGCAGCACAGGCGACAAGGGCAGCACAGGCGACAAAGGCAACACAGGCGACAAGGGCAACAACCCCAAACCUAACAAUAAUACAAUUCAACAAGGCUCGUCACUCUCGGAGCUUGAAACCCUUCGGCUUUGCCAGCCGAAGUCAGACACAGAUGGCAGAGAAGUCAAGGUUGGUGGGGUAACAUUUAGGAUAACCUGUCGGCGAGUCAUUUCCGGGGAAAAGUACAGUGUAUUCAACACGCAUCGCCUUGAAGAGGCUAUGAUCAUUUGCUCAACCCUUCCCGGCUGUGAAGCAGUUGGCGCUAGCGGCAGCUCUAUCGUCUCAUGGAACCCCAAUCGCGAUGUCGAAACAGCGCCAUCACCCGAAGGGAUAGUUGCUGUUGCAAUGCAGGCUCGACCAUCGAAAGAUAUCCCGCCAAAUAUCAAGAAGGCGCGAGAGAGCGAAUGUCCAGAUAUCCAUGGAUCAACCUUGGAUGUGGGUGGCGUGAAAUAUGAGAUCUUCUGCACAAGCCAAAAAAGCCCGCUCAAAGCCCCCGUGAAAACCAUGAGCGCGGAAAAGAACAUUUUCGAAUGCCUUGCACUAUGCUCUUCAGAGUCAACCUGCAGAGUUAUUGCGCCAACAGGGACCAUGCAGAAGUGCUCAAUAUCCGACAAAGAAGAGUCAGGCUUUGAAAAUGAUAAAGGGGAGAGUCGGAUCUAUUGGGUUGCUCGUGCCUUGAACAGGGGUUAA